AUGUGCCAUUAAUUACGGAAAGGUGUAUUUUUUUUGGACUGAAUUAUUUGUGAAUGAAAACUUGUAUGUUUUGUGAUUGUGAUUGAGUGUAUGUAGUGAUUUGGCAAGUAUUUUAUGUGGUAACAAUAGUUGUUAAAAAUGAAAUCUACCAACAUGGAGUCCUGUUCGGACCGCCUGAGCCCUUCAAGUGACCUCACAAGCGAGUCCGAAACCUCCCUUCCGUCAUUUACAUACGAACAGCAGAACGGCAACUUUUACCAAACGGAAAUCAAUGAAAAACAAUACUAUUCAUGCAACAAGCAAAAAUCACCAAGGAGUGAAGAUAGAAAAGAGGUUUACUUGCAAGAAAGCAAUAAAAACUCUUUCGAAAACUAUCUGUGUCCAAGAAGCAAGAAAUAUUUAAACUUCGAACUAAAAUUACCGCCCAUUAACGAUGGGAACUUUUUCUCGCAAAUCGUCACAGAAGAUAGAUCGCGCCCUUACUUCAAUGAAGUAGCAAAAAGUUGUGUACAAAACGAAAACAAUCCUAAUUUAGUUGAAAUAGAAAUAAAUAAUCAGUUCGAGAACGUUAACGAUAGAGCGAGACAAUCGUAUUUCGCUGAUGACAACAGCAAUAUGAGAAGGUUUCUGAACUUCAAUUCGGAACAGGUUUUGUGUGUUUGCGAGGCUUUAUUGCAAAAGGCGGACAUCGAGAAGCUAACCGCAUUUUUAUGGAGGCUGCCUGAAAGCGAAUUGCUAAGAGGGAGUGAAACUCUACUGAGAGCUCGCGCGCUAGUGGCAUACCACCGCGGGAUAUACCAAGAGUUAUAUGCGAUAUUGGAGACGCAUAAGUUCUCUAUGAACCACCAUAAAGAGUUGCAGAGUCUGUGGAUGGAAGCGCAUUAUAAAGAGGCCGAGAAAGUUCGGGGAAGGCCAUUAGGAGCAGUUGACAAAUACAGACUGAGAAAGAAGUAUCCUUUGCCAAAGACAAUUUGGGACGGCGAAGAGACGGUGUACUGUUUCAAGGAGAAGAGUAGAACCGCUCUCAGAGACUGCUAUUACAGGAAUAGGUAUCCGAACCCUGAUGAAAAGCGCGCCCUCGCCAGGAAAACUGGCCUGACCCUCACUCAGGUUUCCAACUGGUUCAAGAACCGGAGGCAGAGGGAUCGUACGCCGCAGCAAGCGAACAGACCGGAAAUGUUGGUGCCAGCGCAAUAUGUCGGCUCCCAAGGCGGACUAUCCCAAUCUUUCAUCCCAAACGCGUAUUAUAAAAUACAGGAUGCCACACACUAUUUGCAUGGAAACGCACCUUAAAUCUGUGCUGCCAUAUAUAUAUUUUGCUAUGCGUACUGUUUAGUAGUUUUUAUUUUGUUUUAAGAUAUUAGAGCCUAAAAGAUUAUUAUUUUUGAAAGAAAUUUUUUUGAUUAGGGUCUCUUUAAAACCACCAAUAGUUUAUAGUUGUAUAUUCAUUAUUAUGUGAUCCAUUUAAAUGAUUGUGAUUCGUUUCAAUGACGAGGCUAAGCAUUUGAAGAAGACAAAUUAACUACGAUUUUCUUGUUAUAUCUAGUUUUUUAUAUAUAUAUCAGUUUGCCAAAAACAGAAAUAGUAUUAAAGUAAAGGUCAACUGAGACUAAGAUGGAUUCUAGUUAUUGCUAAUUAAGUAUUUUAUAAUUGUGUUCCCUAGAAUCUAUUAUUAAAAUCUUGGACUGGCGAUAGUAGAUAUGUUAUUAGGAUAAAUGCUUAAACACAAUAUUCUUACUUGAGAUAGAUAUAUUUAUUGAUUGGAUUAAAGAUAAAACACGUGUACGGUGUACGCCAAAAGUGAGUGAUGACCCACUCGGCUAUUUACAAAAUUACUAUAACACCUGAACAGAUAAAUAAAAACAGCAAAAGAUUAGGGACUGAAAGUAGAAA